AUGUCAGAAGAGUAUAAAAUGCUAUUAAAAUCCUAAAAUACAAGCCAAUCAUUUUAGAGACUACUGUAAGAUAAACUUGGGAAUCAGGAAGUAUUCCUUACAACAAUCUGCCAAUUAUCUAAACUUCCUGUGACUAUACCUAUCAGACAUACUCCUACUAAUUAUAUUAAUUGCUUAUUUGAUUUAGAAAAUUGGCUUGAACAUUAUUCAUUAAUGUAUAAGUAGGUCGAUCUUCAGUAUAUUAUUCAUAAUAUUUUCAAAGUGGCUUUGCUUGUCCUGGAUGCAGAAAAUUUGGGAACUUUAAAGAAUAUGGAGUCGAUUACACUUUCUAUCAUUUCUUAUAAUAGUUGGAACUCUUCAAAGCAAGGAACCCUGAUAUCAAACUAAAUACAUCUCAAUUGAUCUACAAGCAUAGCGACAGGAGUUAUUAUGUUGAAGAAAAAAUAACAAAGAAAAGAUUUUAAUUGGUAGGCUCUAAUCCCGUAUUGAGAGUAACUAAAAGACAACAGGGACUUAACCUAGAAUUAACCUAACCUGAAAACACCUUAAUCGCAGAUGAAAUUAGUUAAACAUUAGUGAAAUUGCAAUCAUUAAUUUAUAGUAGAAUAUAAAAGACACUUAAAUUACCCAAUAAAUCAUAGUUGACUUUUAAGGAUUUACAAUCUUAGGUUGCACUUAGGAAGUCUGAUCUUAAGUAAGUAUUGACUAAAUCCAUGAAAUUAAUCUCUUUGGGGAAACAAUCCUUGUAAAAAGAUUAUGUCUUUGCACUCAGGAAGAUAAUUACGAACAAUCAAGUUUAAUCAAUAGUAAUAGUGCAAUUUUAUAUAGCUAAUUGUUUACUUGGUGUAAUAUGGUAUUUGGUACGAGCUUUCAUUAAAGUUUAAAGGAUUACCUUAUGUGUAAUUAGAGUAGGCACUUUACAUCAAAGGAGAGGGAAGCCUUACUCAUAAUCAUAUAUAUGUGAUUGGAGGUAGAAAGGCGGAGAGAGGUUAGUAGUCUGAUUAAGUACUUUAGAUUUCCUUUCCAAAAUCGAUGAUUUAGAAUGGAUAAGAAGCAAAAAUAACGGAAUUUCCCAAAUUGCCAAAGGAAGGCUAUAAUUUCAUGGGAACAUGCUAUAAAUAGUAAUAUCAAAUUUAUGAUCACUAGAUUGCUAUUUGUAUUCUAUGGACAGAAAUAAAUAUUAAAUUUUGACAAUGGAAUCAGACAUGAACUAUUGAAUAGUUAGUAUGUAUUCAGAAAUAAUCGUUGGGAAGAGCUGAAGUUAAAACUUGUGGAAAGAUUCGACGGAAGUUUCUUCACGAUUAAUCACUUAGCUUUUGAUAAAUUAAUUGUAUUCUUUGGAGGAGUCUCGAGAGAGCCUGAUAGUUUUGGAAAUCACAGAGGACCUCAAUAACACUUGGGUUAGAUUUUUGCUUGUAGAGAGGAGAGGUUUGUUGGAGAAUAAAAAUAGGAGUUUUAAAUUAAAUUCCUUGAUGAUGAUCCAUAUCACAGAAGUGUGUUGGCGAAUCCGGUAUUUAGUUGUCCCUAUUAUGGAACUAAUUAAUUAUUAUUAUCUGGAGAGAGCAUGAAGUUCAAAAAUACUGAUUAGAGACAAGUCUACACAUUUGAUUGGGGCAAUGCAACUCUAAAAAUGAAUGAUUUAUUCUCUUUGGACCCUCCAGAGCACGUACUCACUCCAUACAAAAGGAAGCCUAUUGGUUCUGAUAUCUUCAGUCCUGUUCAAGAUUCUGAAGGUGCUUAAGCUUAUGGGAACUUCUUUAUAAUUCAACACUAUGAGUUAGAACAAGGAUAUUAUGAUAAAAACCCAAAACUAAUAACAUAAUUAUUGAAAGUCAAUUUAACAAAUGGAUCAUGUAAAAUGAUUAAUUUAUUUUAGUUCUUGCAAUUCCAUAUUUAGAUUCUAAGAUCUCUAAGGAAAUAGCUGAUCAAAUUUAUGAGAAAUUGGAGGACAAAAAGAAUCAAGAAAUUAUCUGA